CGGCGAGGACGCUUUCUUUGGGUGUUUUCCAAACGAUAUUUUCGCGCCCUUGAAGUAACUGCGGGGCGGUGACGCCACUCGAACUGUCUCUCCAUCCAAAUGAAGAUCUGGUCCUUUGGUGCUCUGUCACAGUUCACAACUUCAUUGAAGCCACUCCCACAACAAUUCACCAAUAAAUACUGUGAAUAUUCCCAUCAUCCUACAAGAGAAGUUCUUCAGACCAGCAGGAAGAACUGAAAUCUGUGUGAUAUAAUAUGGUGAAGAUGGAGUUUGUUAAAGAAGAGAAAGAAGACAUGAGUUAUUUAGAGCCAUACAACAUAAAGCAUGAAGAUACUGAGGAAGAAAUAGAUCUGAUUGAAGUGAAAGAGGAGAGUCAAGAGCUGAAUGAACUGGAGGAGAAACAUCAUCAUUUCAAAACGGAAGAAAACGAUUUUAGCUGCUCACAGACUGAAAUUAAUUUCUCACAAGUGAGAACACAAAAUACAGAAGCUGAAAACUCUUUCACCUGCCCUCAGUGUGGAAAGACUUUCAAAGGUAAAGUUAACCUUAAGAAGCAUUCAAAAAUUCACACUGGUGAGAAACCUCACACCUGCCAUCAUUGUGAAAAGACAUUCACACGUAAAGAUCACCUUCAGAUGCAUUUAAGAAUUCACACCGGGGAGAAACCUCACACAUGUCAGCAGUGUGGAAAGAAUUUCACGUUUAAAUCAAAUUUUAAACAACACUUGAAAAUUCACACCGGAGAGAAACCUUACACCUGUCCUCAAUGUGGAAAGAGUUUCAUUGGUAAAACAUAUCUGAAUUAUCAUAUUGGCUGUCACUCAACUGAAAAGCCAUUUAACUGUGAUCAGUGCGGUAAACAUUUUUCAAGAUCAUCUCUUCUAAAAACACACCUGAAAAUUCACACAAAUGUGAGGCCUCAUGUGUGUUCUUUUUGUGGAAAUAGUUUUUCACGAAUGGAAACUUUGAAAGAUCAUCAGAAAAGACACGCUGGUGUCAGAGAUCAUAUAUGCUCUGAGUGUGAGAGGAGCUUCACUACAGCCAGCCAAUUGAAAAGGCACCAGAGAAUUCACACUGGAGAGAAACCUUACAAGUGCCAUGAGUGUGAAAAAAGAUUUGCAUGCAAAAGUAAUCUUCAGAAGCACUUGAGGAUUCACACUGGAGUGAAGCCUUACAAGUGCCUUCAAUGUGGAAAGAAUUUUGCACGUAAAAGUAAUCUUAAGAAGCACUUGAAAAUUCACAAUGGAGAGAAACCUUUCACAUGUCGGCAGUGUGGAAAGAGUUACAGAUUUCAAUCACAACUUAAUAGACACAUUAAAAUUCACACUAGAGAGAAGCCUUACACUUGCCCAUAGUGUGAAUGGGCCAAUGCUCUUUGGGGCUGAUCUAGGGUGGACUGGCCAUCGUAAGAACCAGGCAGCCGCGAAACGCAAUAAGCUAAAAUAAUUCUGGUUCAUCCUUGGGAGCAAUUUCCAACACCCUAAGGUACCACGUUUAUCUGUACAAACAAUAGUGUGCAAGUAUAAACACAAUGGGACCACGCAGCCAUUUGCAAGUGCACAUGGGGACAAAGAUCUUACUUUUUGGAGGAAUGUCCUCUGGUCUAAUGAAACAAAAAUUUAACUGUUUGUCCAUAAUGACCAUUGUUAUGUUUGGAGGAAAAAGGGUGAGGCUUGCAAGCCGAAGAACACCAUCCCAACCGUGAAGCAUGGGGGUUGGCAGCAUCAUGUUGUGGGGGUGCUUUGCUGCAGGAGGGACUGGUGCACUUCACAAAAUAAAUGGCAUCAUGAGGAAGGAAAAUUAUGUGGAUAUAUUGAAGCAACAUCAAAAGACAUCAGCCAGGAAGUUAAAGCUCGGUCGAAAAUGGGUCUUCCAAAUGGACAAUGACCCCAAGCAUACCUCCAAAGUUGUGGCAAUAUGGCUUAAUGACGACAAGGUCAAGGUAUUGGAGUGGCCAUCACAAAGCCUUGACCUCAAUCCGAUUGAAAAUUUGUGGGCAGAACUGAAAAAGCCUCUGCGAGCAAGGAGGCCUACAAACCUGACUCAGUUACACCAGUUCUGUCUGGAGGAAUGCGCCAAAAUUCCAGCAACUUCUUUUGAGAAGAUUGUGGAAGGCUACCCAAAAUGUUUGACCCAAGUUAAACAAUUUAAAGGCAAUGCUACCAAAUACUAUCAAAGUGUAUGUAAACUUGUAAACCCCUCUUCAACUACAAACUCUUCAGACAUGUUUAGUAAGUUAUUUUCUCUGUGUGCAGCUGUGUUGUGUUCUGUCACUAUUACUGUGGUGGACCUGUUUUAAGAUGAACAAUUUUUCACUUGAAUGCCCCAAUGUCGCUGCAUGAACUGUUGCUUUCGGGCUCAUGAACGCACACAGGAGAUCAAUGGUCAUUGAAAAGUUUCACUUUAAAUAAUACAUUUGAUUUUGGUUUGUUUCUCACCAAACCUUAUCGUAUGCUUUUAAUACAAUCACGAGUCUCAUGGAAUCAUUUGUUAGAGUUCUGAAUUAUACUUCUGCAUUCUUUUGAAGCUUAAAGAGGUGGUCACCAAAAACGGCCAUAUUAUGACAUCACUGAGCACAAAAUUUUUUCAAAAAGAAAGAAAGUCAUAUAGGGUUAUAACAACACAGGUGUGAGUAAACAAUGACUGAAUUUUCAUUUUUAAGUUAACUAAUCCUUUAAUGGAA